ACCUACCUACCUACCUGGGCGAGAGCUGUCUCGCAUGCACGCGACUCUGGCAAAGGAAAGCUUCUAAUAAUAACGAAGAAGGUCGCGCCCGUCCGGUCGAGCCGGAUUCCACGCGCGCAACUUCCUCCUUCCUGAUCGAGCGCCGGCGGGUUUCGCGACACGAGCGAAGAAGGGGUCGUCCCGGCUUUCUCGGCAAAGCUGCGGGGAGCUUGUCAACGCGGCCGGCGACUCGCGCGUUCGCUUAAACACCGCGAGCAAACGACUACGAACAAAAAAGCAAUUUUCGCUUACUUUGAAAAGUUUGGCAUCAUGGCUCCCCCCCCCCAUACCCACCCACGUCUUGAGAGAGGGAGAGCCAGCUGUGUGUAGUUGAGAUAAUGACGAUUCGUGCGAAAGGGUGAAGUUGUGUGGGUAGCCGAUUGCUGCUGUCGUUUUAGGUUGUUGUUGUUGUUUUAAUAGCCUCGUACAAUCUUCGAAGAAGAACGGCGAAGGACCUGCUAGACGAACACCAUGGGGACGUGCUUAAGAUCGUGCUGCCCUUGCUGCGAAUGCCUCUGGAAAAUGUGUUGUCCCCCGGCCCCGAGAAGUGAUGAUACUGACUUCCGUCGUCCAACUCAAUUGUCGAGUACAGCCCCACUACCGCCGAUAACUACACAUAACAAUCCGACGUUCAAGCCGCUGCCUCUCUACGUGGCCCUCUACGACUACGACGGACGAACAAACGAGGAUCUGAGCUUCAAGGAGGGCGAACUCCUCGAGGUGACGGACAAGACGAACCCGGACUGGUGGUACGCGCAGAAGAAGACGGCGAGCACCAGUAACGCCCGCAGCAACACCCGGGGAUACAUCCCGGCCAACUAUGUCGCCGAGUUUCAGAGCCUCAACGCCGAGCCAUGGUACUUUGGUGAUAUCAAGAGAGCAGAUGCCGAAAAGUAUCUGUUGGCAGACGUCAAUACAACUGGCGCCUUCCUCAUACGGCAGAGUGAGAGCAGGAAGACCGACUACUCACUUUCAGUGCGCGACGGCAGUACCGUGAAGCAUUACCGGAUCCGGCAACUGGAUGGAGAGGGUGGUUUCUUCAUAUCGAGACGGGUCACGUUUCAAAAUCUGAUUGAACUGGUGCAGUACUACAAAUCGAACUCUGAUGGGCUCUGCAUGGCCUUACAAAAAGCUUGCGUGGUGAUAGAAGUUCCCAACACGAUGGGACUGUCCUACAAUACGGUGGAUAAGUGGGAGAUCCCGCGGGCCUCGAUCCAGCUGCAGAAACGGCUGGGGGCUGGCAUGUUCGGCGAGGUUUGGCAAGGCCUCUGGAACAACAGCACUUUGGUGGCGGUGAAAACCCUCAAGCAAGGAGCUAUGAAAAAGGAGGAGUUCAUCGGGGAGGCGCAGAUCAUGAAGCAGCUCCGCCAUGCGAACCUCAUCCAACUGUACGCCGUGUGCAGUCAAGAGGAGCCCGUCUACAUCAUCACCGAGCUCAUGAAGCACGGCAGCUUGCUGGACUACCUGAGAGGACCCCUGGGGAGUCAACUCAAGGCACCGGAACUGGUGGACAUGGCUCGCCAGGUUGCCGCUGGAAUGGCCUACCUCGAGAGCCAGAACUACAUCCACAGAGACCUGGCUGCGCGAAACAUCCUUGUUGGGGAAGGCAAAGUGUGCAAGGUGGCCGAUUUUGGGCUCGCCCGGAUUAUCAAGGAAGACGAAUACGAGGGGAAGGCCGGGGCCAAGGUGCCAAUCAAGUGGACUGCCCCAGAAGCUGUGAAUUAUCACCGUUUCUCCGUCAAAUCCGACGUCUGGUCCUUCGGCAUCCUCCUGUAUGAGCUCAUCACGUACGGCAGGAUGCCUUACCCUGAAAUGAACAACAUGGAGGUGAUGAAACAGCUGGAGCGGGGCUACCGGAUGCCGCAGCCAGAGAAUUGCCCGCCGCUCUUUUACUCCAUCAUGUUGGAGUGCUGGAACAAGAAGGAAGAGGAGCGACCAACGUUCGAGACCUUGCAGUGGAGGCUGGAUUACUUUGACUCGGACCCGAACAACUACACAGAUGCACAAGCCUUUGUCCGUUAGGAGGUUGGAAAGGGGGCGAUAUGGGUGAUCGAGGUAUGUGUGACGUAUGGAAGAGUGGGAGUUGGCACUCGCAUUGCGGAUGUGAAAGAUGUCGUAAUGACGGCAAAUGUUAUUGCCAUAUCGUUGAAUAAAAACAGUACAUGCAAUCAUUUGUAUAUAAAAUACGGUAAUCGUGUUGUGGUGAAAUGUGACCUCUGAUAUAAACACAAGAAUAUAGCGGUAUGAUAUUAAUGUACAGAUUUUAGGAAUCGCACACUACUACAGUCAUUGGAUAUAAUAGUGAAUCUGAGGUGUCUUCAUAAACAAAAAACUAUAUUUUGUAUUCUAGAUUUGAAGCUUUCGUGACUGCAAGGAUUCAUAUUCUUAGGUUUUUUCGGUAAAGUCACGUAGGUAAAAAUUUAAAAUUAAUAAAAGUAAAAUAAUUAAUUUUACUUUCAUUAAUUACAAUUUUUUAUUUUACUUUUAUUAAUUUAAUUUUUUACCUACGUGACUUUACCGAAAAAACCUAAGAAUAUAUAUUUUGUAUCUCUCUUUGCAAGUCUAAUUCCACACACAGACACACCUAUUUCUACACUUUUCUGUCGCAUUAUAAUAAACCAACGCUUAAGCAUAAACAUUGUCACUCGGUAUGCGGUGGCAUUGUACAAUUCACCAACACCCGUUUCCCACGUGGAACACGUGAGUGUGUUGCAACUUAACUGCUUGGCCAGAUUGCAAAUAUUUCCGUACAAUUAUAAAUCACAUUCAUCCUAAAAACGUCAACCAAUGCUAACUUUAUAUGAUGUCAAUUAAGUAUAAAGCCAUAAACAACGUAAUAACUGAAUCAAGUGCUAAACAAGUAGGGUUUCACGACCAAUAUUAUCCAUAAAAUAGAGGUUUUGGGGUGAGAUGGCUUAAAUAUAAAUGCGUCGUUAAACCCACCACCACCUGACACGGCCAAUUAAUAAGGUUUGUCAUGUAAACAAAACACGUAAAUUCGUUACGAGUACAGCACACCGGUGUGUUGGAGACUAAACCCACAGUUACUCAAAUUGUAAAUGUUGCAAAACGGACACGUUUACAUUUACAUGAUCUAACCCAAAUACCUCUUGUGCAUUACGAAUCAAGUGUGUACAUUGCCGUUGCAAUUACAAUACAGUUGCAGGCAGGAAAGAGUCGGGUGUUAAUGCCAAGGUCACACUGUUAGUCUAUGACAGACGCUCGAGUCAAAAGCAGCCCUAUUUUUCUCGCGGUACAUCGGUAGGAGCACAUGUCCACGGGGACAUGAAAAUGGUCAGAUGUAGAGCGGCCUCGGAUGAAUCUUGGCCACAUUUCUCAGUUUUCCUGCGGCAUGUGCAGCACAAGCUGCAUGGCCAUUCCUCAAGCUCUUUCUGCCUGUGCAAUAAAUGUCUCUCGUUGAAAUCUCCGCGAAAUGUGCACAGUCCUCCGACGCGGUCACGUUUUGGACACUGCAAUGUGUCGUGUGAUGUGCAAGCUGUAGCACAGUCACCUGUUUUUUUUAAAUCCUUUAUAUUAAGUUCACUUGCUUGCUUGCUUGCGCGCUUACGACCGUGCAAAUCUUUCGGUCGUUUUUUAACCCACUUCCCGUGAUCCAAUCGAGCUGACAUUUUGCACACAGACUCGUUGUGCGUGACAAUUUAUUGUCGUGAAAUUUUUUUUCCAAAAUUUCCCACUUUUUAGGAAUU